AUGGACAUUAUCUGGACAUGCUUCGCCGUCCUCUCACUCUGCACUUGGACGGUCCAGCAUCUUAUGGUGCCGGUCCAUAAGGAAUACGAAAAGGUGUCGGCGAUCCGUAAAUUUUGGGGGAAAGUCAGCUUCAACUACACAAAGUUGAAGUGGAUGGGCAUCUGUAUUGCCGCUCCGGAAUACAUCCUUGGAAAAGCACUCAAUGAAUGCCUUGCAGCACGUGACAGCCGGAGACAGUUCAAAGAGUGGCUCGCAGCCAACGGCACACGGAAACAUUUCGACAGCGAAGUUGCCUGUGACGCGGAAGAAAGAUCUCAAGAAGAAGUUUGGACGACUGCACAUGGAUUCUUUGCGAACAUGAGAGGCUUUGUGCUCCGCUUUGAUGUCGCAGCCGUGCCGACAUCACUUGAGCCUUCAAAGCCGACUGCGCUUGGGCGAUCGCGUCAAAAUCCCAGGCUGGUGACCCGGGACGGUGAUCCACCUUAUUACGAACAAGAGGCCAAAAAAGCUGAGGCCACAGAGCUAGAUCACUGCCGAGAGAUCUGCAAGAAACCCUGCCGAAACCGUCCAAAUGUGGCUAACACUCACGAUUACAAAAUCCCCACGAGCACUCCAUCGAGUCGUCGGUAUCAGCCUGCCGAGCUGGCCAGCAACACAGGGCAGCAAAGAAUAAACAUCGAAGAGUUGGAACAGCCGGAAACAUCAGCGUUGGAUAUACCAACCGAGCCCGAAUCGCUGGGACUCCUGACAGACCGAGCGCCUCCACAAAACUUCUCGCCAACAGAAGCGGCAGCUGUUACGCUCGUGAACAGCCCUGACUUCUCACAACACGACGUUAUGGCAGGCCUGGCACCCAGUACAUAUGCUCUCAGCCCAGUCAUGCCAAGGCGCAUUCCGGCGCAACAAGGUACCUCACCUGAGGGCUAUCGGCCGAAUACCAAUAUACCUGAAAGUGAGAAGUUGGGCCCGCAUAGAACAUGGAAGGGUACUUGGGCACUGUCAUCCAUUCAGCUACUCUAUGCGUGUCAAAAGGGUAUUAUUCCAGGCCCGCCUGAGCUUAGCACUGCGGAUCUGGAAGACCGAAGCAAAGGGGACAUAUUCGUCAAGGGAGCCGCGGUUUUACAGAUCUCCUGGCUUGUGAUCCAAAUAAUCGCUCGUGCAAGCGAGGGUCUCGCGAUAAGUCUACUAGAGAUCACCACCCUCGCCUUCGCAGCCUGUGCAAUCGCUACCUACAUCCUCCUGUGGCACAAGCCCCAAGAUGUCAUGACACCCACAUACAUCGAUGCAACCAACAUUCUCACCCGGGAGCAAGUCAUCGGCUUAGCAGCCCGUUCUCCUGUAUCGAAUUUGAUCGUGCACGAAUUCUGGCUUCAUGGGGUGGCUGUUCGAGCCAUGGCAGACACCGUCUUCCCUUGGACACGUGGCAUACCGAUACGACUCCCGCGGCAAGGGGAUACCCUCUACCUCAACCCAAUCUUCAUAGGCAUCGGCUUUGGCGGCGCUCUUUUCGCUACCAUCCAUUUCGUUGCCUGGAACUUCGUGUUCCCAACGCCAGUCGAGCGGAUGCUCUGGCGCGUGUCCUGCUGCGUAAUUCUCAGCAUGCCACUGCUGGGCACCGCUAUGUACUUUGUGACGAUACACAAUGCUAGAAAAGACAGCGAGACGGAUACCAAGACUAAUGCGCUGCUGAGACCCUUUUCUACGAUUUGUACAUUGCUGUAUCUGUUUGCGAGGUUGUACCUUAUGACGGAGGUCUUUCGAUCGUUGGCGUAUCCGCCGCCGACUACGUUUCAGGACAUCAAUUGGCCCAGCGCUAUACCGCAUGUUAACUGA